AGACGUAAAACGAAUCAAAUUUUCAUUCGAUGCGUCAAAAGUGUCAUAGCCACGUUUCAUCAAACAGCAGUGUUUUAAGUGUUACAUUUAUUUUCAAUUUUUAUUUUUUCAAAAAUGGCUAAAGCACCCAGCAUUUCAUUGAACAAUGGCUUGAAAAUGCCAAGUUUUGGUUUGGGAACUUAUAAGUCUAUUGGUGAGGCUGAUAGUGCUAUAAAACAUGCCAUUGAUGUUGGCUAUCGUCAUUUUGAUACCGCUCGUAUCUACGUUAAUGAAGAAGAAGUUGGAAAGGCCAUUCAAGGGAAAAUUAAAGAGGGUGUUGUGAAACGUGAAGAAAUUUUCAUUGUUACCAAGCUAUGGAAUACCGAUCAUGAGCCGGAAAAGGUUGAAAAAGCAUGUCGACAAAGUUGUGAAAAACUUGGCCUGGGAUAUAUUGAUUUGUAUUUAAUGCAUUGGCCAGUUGCGUUCAAAGAACGAACACCUUUUGAAUAUGGGCCACGGACUCCCGACGGCCAAUACGAUCACGCGGAUGUUGAUUAUCUAGACACAUGGAAGGCAAUGGAGAAACUUGUCGACCUGGGACUCGUUAAAAGUAUUGGAAUAAGUAAUUUUAAUAGCCAACAAAUUGAUCGAUUGUUGGAUAAUUGUCGCAUCAAACCUGUAAACAAUCAGAUUGAAUGCUCACCACAAUUCAACCAAAAAAAAUUGAUAAAGUAUUGUCAAGAUCGUGAUAUCACUGUAACUGCAUUUUGCCCAUUAGGAAAACAAAAUCCAGCUGAAAAUAAGCCCGCUUUUUUGUACGAUGCUAAACUUGGUGACGUUGCCAAAAAAUAUAACAAAACUGUUCCACAAAUCGUUUUUCGUUAUCUGCUUGAAAUUGGAACGGUUCCAAUCCCCAAAUCAGUUACUCCAAGCCGAAUCGAAGAAAAUAUUAGCGUUUUCGAUUUCAAAUUGACCGACGAUGAAAUAAAAUACAUCGAUACAUUGAAUACGUGCGAACGAGUGGUGCCAUUCAUCGAGUCUCGCAAUGACAAACACUUUCCAUUCGGAAUUGAAUUCUAAUGUGUUUUUAUCAGCUUAUUCAUUUUCAAGAACAACACUCUUGUCUAAUUACCGAGUCAAUUACAAUCAUCGCAUUGGCUUCAAAAUGCUAUCAAGAAUUUGCUGAACCGUAAAACACAUAAAAUAUAAUGAAAGUAAAUAAAUAAAAUAAUGAGCAGAAUAAAAAAAAUGCAUAUAAAAAAGAAAUUAAUCGA